CCAAGGGGACAGAGGAGGGCUGAGGGUCCCUGGACAAGAGGAGGUGAGGGACUGGCCCAGGGCGGGCAGGGGAUGGUCAUCUUGCUGGCACCUCCAUCCUGUUGCAUAAUUUGAGCUCCCCCCCUCUGCUCACUGCCAACAGCCCCUUGGGGCAAGUGCCCCCAGGGCGCCCUCACGUGCUCUGGCCCUGGGCAGGAGAAUGUGGGCUGGAGGCUCCUGACUUGCAGAUGCACAGGGUUCUGAGUGCCUCCAGGAGGCUGGUUUUGUGCAUUUUGUUGCUCUUGACUUGGCCUGUGGGUUUCUGUUUACCUGUGCAGGUGUUUAAAUAUGGCUGAGUGAACCAGAGAGGACGCACCCACACUGUCCCAUCCUCCUGGCCCUCUAGUGGGGACUACCGCUCAUGCUCUGGGCAGUUUGGGGGCCCCUGGGAUCCAGGAGGCCGAGGGGAUCUGGCAGCAGAGCAGGAGGACCAGACUUCCCCGCAAUGACCAGUUCCCCUGUCUCCAGAGUCGUCUACAACGGCAAGAGGAACAGUAGCCCCCGCUCUCCGCCCAGCAGCAGCGAGAUCUUCACCCCCGCCCACGAGGAGAAUGUGCGAUUCAUUUACGAAGCCUGGCAGGGCGUGGAGCGGGACCUUCGGAGCCAGAUUUCGGGCAGCGAGCGGGGCCUCGUGGAGGAGUACGUGGAGAAGGUGCCCAACCCCAGCCUCAAG